CCCUACCUCACCCUACGCACCCAGUCCAUACAGGCUCAGCCAUGGCACAUACACGCCUACCUAGUACACACCUCAACCCCCAGCCCUAGCCUUAGCCCUAGCCUUAGCCUCAGCCCCAGCCCCAGCACGGCCAACACCACGCAGUCGUUUCUUGACUCUGUAGAGGUAUGCAGUUAGUGCACUCCCUUAUCGCCCGUCUCUUACCGCGCAGCCCAGCCCAGCCCAGCCCUGCACUGCACUGCACAACCAGCCCUCCACAGGCAAUCGCUCUCCCAUUCCCUAACUGCAAAUGCCAAACUCUCCAACACUGCACACCUCCAAUUCCCGCACGUGCACACUUACGCACGUGUGUGCGGCGGGGACAGGAGAUGAGAACCUUAUCACAAAAAAAAGGGCCGUUUGACGCACUCAUUGCAUUACUGCCUACUUAAUUGACGGGAACCGUACCCAUGCAUUCCCUGCCACUCAGUGAUCCAGACACAUCC